GAGCGCUCAGUAAAAAAAACGUUGAGCUGCACCGGGAUCCGUCAUUGGACCGCCCGGGUCACGUGACCGCCCCAUUCUGAUAAGCGGCCAUAUUCGUCAAGCCCAUUCUUUCAUUCGUUUGCAGCACAAACUUUUUAGUUUACAAUGGCGACCGCCACUUCCACCCCGGCCGGCCAGAGAAUAAGCACCCGAGCGAGCAGCGGGACCCCUCUGAGCCCCACCAGGAUCACCAGACUGCAGGAGAAAGAGGAUCUCAGCAACCUCAACGACCGCCUGGCCACUUAUAUCGACAAAGUCCGGAGUCUCGAGUCAGAGAACAGUGUUCUUCACCUACAGAUUUCUGAAAAGGAAGAGGUGAGGAGCCGGGAGCUGACCGGCCUCAAGUCUCUGUAUGAGAACGAGCUCGCAGACGCGCGACGCUCUUUAGACGACACCGCUAAAGAACGAGCCAGGCUUCAGAUCGAGCUGGGAAAACUCCGAACCGAGCAUGAUCAACUCCUGCAGAACUAUUCUAAAAAGGACUCAGACCUGGCUGGAUGUCAGGCCCGGCUGAAGGAUUUGGAGGCAUUAUUGAACACUAAGGAGGCCAGUCUGGCCACAGCCUAUUCUGAGAAGAAAGGCCUUGAGGCCAUGCUAACAGAUCUGCAAGCCCAGAUCCAGGAGCUGGAGGCCGGAUUGGUUUCAGCUAAGAAGCAGCUGGGAGAGGAGACUCUGCUGAGGGUGGAUGUGGAGAACCGCUACCAGAGCCUGGUAGAGGAACUUGAGUUCCGCAAAAACAUGUUCGAAGAGGAAAUUAAGGACACCCGGCGCAGGCAUGAGACCCGUCUGGUUGAAGUGGACUCCGGUCGCCAGAGUGAGUACGAGUUCAAGCUUGCUCAGGCCCUGGCAGACAUGAGGCAACAGCAUGAUGAUCAAGUAAAACUCUACAAGGAAGAGAUGGAGCAGACUUAUGUGGCCAAGCUGGAGAACGUACGUCUGUCUUCGGAGAUGAACAGCAGUUCAGCAAGCAUGGCACGGGAAGAGCUGAAGGAAUCUAUUAUGAGAGUUGAGAGUCUGUCAGCUCAGCUGGCCAGCUUGCAGAAGGAGACACGUGGCUGGCAGGAUCGCAUCAGUGACCUGGAGGCUGCUCUGGCCCAUGAGAAGGAUCUGAGCCGCAAGAUACUGGCUGAUAAAGAGCGUGAGAUCGCGGAGAUCCGAGCCAAGAUGCAGCAGCAGCUUGAAGAGUAUGAGCAGCUGCUGGAUGUCAAACUGGCCUUGGACAUGGAGAUCAAUGCUUACAGGAAGCUACUAGAGGGCGAGGAGGAGAGAUUGAAGCUUUCUCCCAGCCCGUCGUCUCGUGUGACCGUGUCUCGAGCCUCGUCUAGCCGCAGCGUUCGCACCACACGUGGGAAGAGGAAGCGUGUGGAUGUGGAGGAGUCAGAGGCCAGCAGCAGUGUCAGCAUUGCCCACUCAGCCUCUGCCACUGGCAACGUCUGCAUCGAUGAACUGGACGUGGAUGGCAAGUUCAUCCGUCUGCAGAACAACUCCGAUCAGGACCAGGCAAUGGUAGGGUUUGAGCUGACCAGAAUUAUUGGAGAAACUUCUGCUACCUACAAGUUUACUCCCAAAUAUGUCCUGAAGGCAGGACAGAAAGUCACAAUCUGGGCAUCUAAUGCAGGUGUGAGCUCCAGCCCUCCCAAUGACCUCGUCUGGAAGAACCAGAACUCGUGGGGCACUGGCGAGAACAUCAAGGUUGUCUUGACCAACCCAGAGGGAGAGGAAGUCGCUGUAAGGAGUACAGUAUUCAAAACUGCCACAGUAACAGAGGAAGAGGAUGAUGAGGGAGUGGAGGCCAUUGAGGAAGAACUCUUCCUUCAGCACGGAGAACCACAAAGAGAGGGUGCCAAGAGAGGCUGCUUGAUCAUGUGAGAGCAGUAACACUACACACCACCCAACUCUUCCACUACAGCCAGGUUCAGCUGCCAACUCUACAACCACCUCAGAACUAUUUUUGUAUCACUUCUGUAUAAUAAACCAAGUGAAGUUUUUUUUUUUUAUUAUUAUUAUUUUUUUAUUUCUCUUUGGUUUUAAUGGAUUGUAAACCUUUUUGGUACAUUUCUAUUUCAAUUUUAUAUGUGAAUUCAUAAAUGCUUCACAACUUUCUAUGUACCAAAAUCUAGCGAUCAGUGGAGGACUGUAGUGAUUCUGAGAGCUCAGUGAGAAGUAGGCAGCUUUUGCAAAAUUACUAAGUCCUUCAGGUGCUGUGAUCUUACCUUUAAUUUGUGGAUCUUCAAACAUAGCAUUUUAAGGGUCUCUUUAUAGAAAAGUUAUAAUUUUAUACUAGUUUUGUAGUUUUUAGUCAGUCACGUCUUGUGUAUAAUGGAAUGUAGACUAAAUUUACACAUUGAAGGUAAAAACAGGAUGAUUUCCUAUAUCAGUUUUAAAGAGCAGGCUGCUGGAUAUAAUCGAACUGCUGGUUCUUAAACUCAAGGACUGUUUGAAAUGCAAUGCACCAUAAGGUGUCAGUCUAGAGUCAAAUUUGUUAUUGGUGUCUUUUUUCCCUUUUGAAUACUGAUUAGGUGAUGUAGACUGGGCCAGGUUUUUUCUACUCUUGACUGUGCCAGCAUGCUAACUUGAUCCAAGGAAUUACUCCCUAGCAGAUACAUGUAACUGAAGUUUGAGAAGAAACGUGGAGACUAGCAUAAUGUUCUUGAGCUAAUCUUUGCCAUCAGUGUAUGUAAGGAGUCUGUAAAUUGGCUACAUAUCUCUCAAGACAAGACACUAAAGCAGUAGAUUGUACUGGUGUCAUUUAUAUUUAAUUACCUCUUAAGAAUUAGCCUUGGGUGAACUUGCUUAUUUUAUUCCAGUUUGUUCCUCUUAUCUAACUCUGAAUGAAUAGUCGUAUGCCUAUAUUUUGCUUUCAUUUUAACCUUGAGUAGAUUUGUGGGUUGUCUUUCAUGUCACUUGCAUGCUUUUGCUCUAAUCUUUACCGUUUGUAAGGCAAAAUAAAAUUUUGUUGUAUUUUC